AUGGCUGCCUCCAGCUCCAGCCUUCGCCACUUCUCCUCCUCCAGCUCUGUCAAGGGCCUGUGUGCGCCUGGUGGGGGCUUUUCCCGGAUGUCCUCUGUCCGCUUUGGGGGAGCCUGCCGGGCCCCCAGCCUCCUGGGAGCGGGUAGUUGUGGCAACAUGUCAGUCACCUCGUCCCGCUUCUCAGCAGGCUUGGGAGGGGGUUAUGGCGGGGGCUACACCUGCAGCCUGGGUGGAGGCUUUGGCUCCAGCUUCGGCGUGUCGGAUGCCCUGCUGGGGGGUGGUGAGAAGGAGACCAUGCAGAACCUCAACGACCGCCUGGCCUCCUACCUGGACAAGGUGCAUGCCUUGGAGGCGGCCAACGCGGACCUAGAGAUGAAGAUUCAUGACUGGUACAAGAAGGCGGGCCCUGGGCCAGCCCUCGACUACAGCCACUACUUCAAGACCAUUGAGGAGCUGCGUGGCCAGAUCCUGGCGGCCACCAUUGACAAUGCCAGCUUGGUGUUACAGAUUGACAACGCCCGCCUGGCAGCUGAUGACUUCCGCACCAAGUAUGAGACAGAGCUGAACCUGCGCAUGAGCGUGGAGGCCGACAUCAAUGGCCUGCGCCGGGUACUGGACGAGCUGACCCUGGCCAGGGCCGACCUGGAGAUGCAGAUCGAGAGCCUGAAGGAGGAGCUGGCCUACCUGCGCAAGAACCAUGAGGAGGAGAUGAACUCCCUCCGGGGCCAGACCGGUGGGGACGUCAGUGUGGAGAUGGACGCCGCUCCCGGCGUGGACCUGAGCCGCAUCCUGAAUGAGAUGCGAGAGCAGUAUGAGCAGAUGGCCGAGAAGAACCGCAAGGAUGCUGAGGACUGGUUCUUCAGCAAGACGGAGGAGCUGAACCGCGAGGUGGCCACCAGCACGGAGGCACUGCAGAGCGGCCGCUCGGAGAUCACGGAGCUGCGCCGCUCGGUCCAGAACCUGGAGAUUGAGCUGCAGUCCCAGCUCAGCAUGAAAGCCUCCCUGGAGGGCAGCCUGGCAGAGACCGAGGCACGCUACGGCGCCCAGCUGGCCCAGCUGCAGGGCCUCAUCAGCAACAUCGAGCAGCAGCUGUGUGAGGUGCGCUGCGACAUGGAGCGGCAGAACCAUGAGUACCAGGUGCUGCUGGACGUGAAGUCGCGGCUGGAACAGGAGAUCGCCACGUACCGCCGCCUGCUGGAGGGCGAGGACGCCCACCUGGCUGGCCAGUACUCCUCCCUGAUGUCCCAGCCCAGCCGGGAAGCCUCAGUGACCAGCCGUCAGGUGCGCACCAUCGUGGAGGAGGUCCAGGAUGGCAAGGUGGUCUCAUCCCGGGAGCAGGUGCACCGCUCCACCCACUGA